AUGACUUCACCGGCCGAUCCUAAAGAUACUCUCCGCCGGUUUGUUUCUUCGGUGAAACAAUUUUGCCAGGAAGAGAGCUUUCAACAGCUAGCCAUCAUUCUAAAGGACUACGAUGCCCUGCAAGAUGACCUUAGCGGCACCAAAACUGCAUACAAGAAGAACUUGGAGGAACUCACCCAACUAAAGGUGGAGACAAAAGCCAAAGAGGAAAGGCUGAGCAACAGGAUCGUGGAGCAGAACGUGCAGCACAGACAAGUCCUAGAGGACAAGGCAGCAACUGACGAAAAGCUCAAGUCGGAGCAGGUCAUAAAGGCGAAACUGGAAUCCAGGAUCGAUUCACUUGAGAAAAAGUUGGAGCAAAUGGCUGUCGACGGCAAGAAGCAAGAGGAUUCCAUCGCAAACCAGAAAGCCGUCAUUCAGAAACAAAGCGAGAAAUUAGAAGUAAUGAAGAAGAAGGUCGUUACAGUAACGAACAACUUGGAGUCGGUCACCAGCCAACUAGGUACCAAGUCGGAGGCUUUGAAAGCGAUUGAGGAUCACCUUGCGGUGUUCAAAUCCUAUACGGCAACACUAACAUCGCUCGAACGUAAGAAAGGGGAUAUCUCUCAAAUGCUCGGCUCUCUUUUCAAUGACGCCUAUGCGCUGUUCAACGAGUUCCUAGAGGUCGACCUGGACAAGAACUGCCUUGAGGAUUCAAAAUCCUGGGAGCGUACCAGGGGCCAUGUGGCUAUACAUUAUGCGUUCCCGCUUCCAGCCUCAAAUGUAGCCCCCGCAAAGAAGAUGCGGGUCGUUGCGGGCUUGACCAUCUAUUCCAGGACCCUGACUACGCACGUUUUUCGGUCAAAUCACCUCUUCUUGAACCUCGACGUCGAGGAGGUGCUGGAAACUCUACAUACGAAAGACGCCCUCCAGGGAGCGCUUGUUCGGGCCGUGCUACUCAAGGUGCUACCUGACCUGCAAAGGAAGAACCAGGAAGCUUGUGUCAAAUCUGUUGUCAACGAGGUGUACGAGGUCGUGGCUGGCUUAAUGCCGCCUGACCUGCAUGUUAAGUUCAGAGCGAGGCUGGGCCAACUCACAACCGCCCUGUGCGGCAACUGGGAGGCUGUCCAGGCGCUCCACGAAAGGAUUCAGCCUUGCUUUGCCCUGGAAUCCGAAGACGACUGGAAGCGGUUGCCGAUUAUUCCAGAUUUAGCAGCCCAGACAACCAAGGGGGCAAAACCUACACAGCGUCAAAAGGAGGACAAGCAACAUCAGCACAGGUACCAGGACACGAAAACGUCGACUAUAUUGAAUGAAACCUUGGCCAAGGUUGUGUGGCCGGCUUUUCUCGCAAUCGAGGAGGAUGGAGCGUCGGAACUUGUUUCUUGUGGCUAUGUGAUAUUGCCUGCCGAUUUCGAGGAGGCUGCGACUGAGGACACACGCAAGAGGGUGAUGCGGAAAUCAACACGCGAAGCCAACCCCGGAGUGAAAGUGGAGAGAAAAAGACGAGAUUCGGCCGUUUUUUUAUCCAGCGAGCCGUCCAGCUGA